AUGCCCGUGUCUCUCCUUUUAAACGUGGCUUAUGAUUGGGUUCCUCCUUUCAAGCUCCACACGCUUCACAUUGGAGGCUGUAGAGUAGGUCAUGGUUUUUGGGCAUUGAUUCAAUCUCAGACUGAACUAGUCUAUAUCAGCCUUUAUAAUACUUUCAUCUCAGAUUCCAUAGAGAAAUGGUUGUCGAAGAUAUCUUCCAAAGUCAAAUAUUUGGAUUUAUCUUACAACAACUUCAGUGGAAGGCUUCCAUUACAAUUGAAGUUUCCAAAACUACAGAUUAUCAGAUUGGGUCAUAAUCAAUUGGAAGGCCCACUUCCACUUUGGCCCACUAAUGUCAAUAUCCUUGAUCUUCAAAGCAAUUCAUUUUCCGGGCCAAUUCCCUCCAAUUUAGACCAAUUGAUGCAAGAAUUGAAUUCGCUGGAUGUUUCUGAGAAUAAUUUGAAUAGUACUAUUCCACUCUCUAUUUGCAACAUGCAGAAUAUGGCAAGAAUUUCGCUAAGCAUUAAUCAGCUAUUUGGAGAGUUCCCUCAACGGUGGAGUUUGUGGAGCGUGAUACAACUUAUUGAUGUUUCCUACAACAAUCUUUCUGGUACUAUUCUGAAUUCAAUGGGUAUCCCAUUUUCUCUUAUG